GCAGCUGUAGUGGUGUGAGUAUGGCGUGAUGUUAAUCAACUAAGUAACCAGUCUGUCAUCUCCUUCAAUGCAUAUGCUUUAAAGAAAUCGACAAGGACGGUGCUAUUCCGUGGAAGAUACGCCCUACCCUUCUCAACAUUGUUCCAGAGUUGUAAGGAUGGGUGAGCCAGAUGUCAAAAAGGCCAAGUCUAAUGCUGAAUUACAGCAGUUUGAUGAAGUUUUUCCAGACCUGCUGAAUGAUCUAGAGGAAAAUUUGAUCAGCAAUCCAGAGAUUAAGGAUGCUAUUAAAUGGUUCAGACAGGUGAAUGAAUAUAAUGUACCUCAUGGGAAGAAAAACCGAGGCGUGUCAGUGGUCACAUCAUUCAAGUUGUUGACAGAUAAAUGCAAACAUACAGAGUCUAAUCUUCGAAAGGCUCGUAUUUUGGGCUGGUGUGUGGAAUGGCUCCAAGCGUAUUUCUUAGUGGCUGAUGAUAUCAUGGAUGCGUCAGUUACAAGAAGAGGGCAGCCAUGUUGGUACAAAAAGGAGAAUGUAGGUCUCACUGCCAUCAAUGACUCCUUCUUCUUGGAGGCAGCCGUAUAUGUGGUGCUCAAGAAACAUUUCAAGAAUGAACCCUGCUACGUGAAUAUUAUGGAAUUAUUCCACGAGAUUACACUGAACACAAUCAUUGGACAGAACCUGGAUUUGACAACAGCGGCCUUGGAUGGUUCCAUAGAUUUCAUCAAAUAUACAGAGGAUCGCUACAUGGCCAUCGUCAAAUGGAAGACCGCGUUCUAUUCCUUCUACCUCCCCGUUGCCUUAGCUAUGUACAUGGCUGGAAUCACUGAUGAACAGGCUCACGAGAAUGCCAAGACAAUCCUCCUCCACAUGGGAUGUUACUUCCAGGUUCAGGAUGAUUACUUGGACUGUUACGGAGACCCAGAAGUUAUUGGUAAAAUCGGCACAGAUAUUGAGGACAACAAAUGUGGCUGGCUGAUAGUUCAAGCUUUGAAGAAAGCUAACAAACAGCAGUUACAAGUGUUAAAGGAUAAUUAUGGCCAGAAUGAUGCAGCAAAAGUGGCUGAAAUCAAAUCACUAUACAAGGAAUUAGACCUGGAGUCUGUCUACGCCAAGUAUGAAGAGGAAAGUUAUGAAGACUUGAUUAAACUUAUCAACAAAUUCAGUGGAAACCUACCCAAGGAGGUCUUUUUGACAUUUGCUUUGAAGAUAUACAAACGUCAGAAAUAAGCCAUGGAUUUGAAUUGUCAUCAGUUACCCGGGGUUUAUUAUGGUAACAUAGUAAUUUAUUUAUAUAUCACACACAGUUUUGUGAGUCAUUUGUCAAGACUUCUUUUUUGGAAGCAAAAUAUACUUUAGACCACCGUUUUGUACUGUCGCAGAUUUUAUUCUUUUGAUGUGUUCAUUGGUAGGCAGUGAUCUAAAGAUUGUGACAAGUGAUUUCAUACCUUCAUGCUCAAUGUUAUAGAAUAUUACCUCAUGUGUAAUUUUGUAUCUUGCACUGUUUGUGGAUACAAUGGAUUUAUUCCUGGUAUCAAUCAAGCCUUUGGUAGUGGAUCCUGAAAUAUCUCGAACUUGUAUGCUCUUUUUGUAUUUACUGUAAUUCUUCAACCUUUUCACAUAUCACAUGAGAUUUAUUCACUUGUAAUCUGAAGGCAGUAUUUUGAGUGAAGGGAUAAAAUUAUACUCCUUGUGAAUAACUGAAGUUGACCUAACCCAACCAAUGUAGCUUUGUCUCCAGAUUUAAAUGAAAAAGUGACAUUAAUUGCAUUGAAAGUUGCUCCUUCAGAUGUGAAAAGAUUGAGGAAUUAGUAUAAGUGUAUUUUCAUUAAAUAUGCUGUAUUUGUUCUUUCUGUUGUUCAUAUUUUAAGUUGUUGAAUUAAUUGUUCUCUUUGUGUGAAUGACCUUCACAGUGCUGUAGAAAUGAAUAUAAAGCUGCAAUGAUUUAAUAAUACU